AUGGCAAGCACAGAGACCAACAGCAGUCGGCCGUGGGCUGACGGCCCUUUUGAACUGAUUUCGAUUGCAUCUCUUGGGUACAAGUGUCAGCCCGGGGAGAAAGUUGCGCCAUACCACUCCAUGGCCGCGGAAAUGAUCACCGUCCAUAAUUGCUUAUUAAGGGGCAUCAACAGCGUCUAUCUCCAGUGCGUCAACGUGGAACGUUCGCCAGAGAGCAUUCCGGCCUUUAUUAAAUAUGCAAAAGCAUGGGGCCACAUUCUUCAUGAACAUCAUACAACCGAAGAGAAAUGGUUUUUCCCCGAGAUUGAGGCAAUCACUGGCGAGAAAGGCAUCAUGGACGUCAAUGUCGAGCAACACCAUGCCUUUGAUGACGGCCUCAAACAGUACAACGCUCAUCUGGAGAAUGCGGAAACCGGCAAGGAAACGUACGAUGGGGCUAAGCUCAAGAGUGUAAUAGACUCAUUCAUGCCUGUUCUUAGGCAGCAUUUGCAAGAUGAGAUCUUUACUCUCAAAACCUUUGAAAAGUAUAAGGAUAAAACCGACUGGGCCAAAUGGACAAAGGAGACAGCAUCAAAAGCGAUAAAGGCGACCCAGACUGCUGAUGGCAUGGUAAGUGUAUCUUGA